CAAGAAGGGCGAGAAAGAGGCCACAGGAAGCAGCGACACUGUGGAGGGGAAGGAGGGGCGGGGAGAGGAGGCCGGCUCAGCAGAACCUAUGACCAGAGGGCCGCACAGCUGCAGGGCCAGUGUCGACAAGCUGGCCAAGUCAAGGAUGGUGACGCCCAGGGCCCUGGCCAUCCUGCUUCUCCUGCACUUGGCCUCAGGUGAGAAAAGAUCCACAAUCAGACAUGAAAUGCCACGAAAUGUCUGCCAGGGGCGAAUCAAUAAAAACCGGUAUGAUGACUUCAGCCUUAAGGACACUGCUAAGUGCUUCCCAAAAUGUACACAGUCGGGGAAUGAAUCCUGUAAUCUGCGAAACUUGCAGAGAUACUGGCUGAACUUUGAGAUCCAUCUGGUGGAGGAAAGUCAAACAGAAACAGUGAAUAUGUCUUUUUUGAAUGCUCUUGUCAAGAACAUCAGCACGGACAUCUCGGAAGACCUGCACUUCUCUUUGACCCCCUCUCAGAUUCCGAUGCAGGUGACGGAGGAGGAGCACCAGCAUCCUGACAGAGUCCGGCUGCCCAGGAGCCUUUUUGCAUCCCUGCAGGGCCGGGGGCCGAUGGUCCGGUUGGCCAUAACUGUCUUAGACGUCGGUUCGGGGAAUCUCUUCAAGGGUCCCCGGAUCAAUCUGGAGGACGGCAGCCGCGUGUUGAACAGUCGCCUGGUGGGCUUGAGUUUGGGUCAUAUACCUGUCGCUGGCCUGGCUGACCCUUUGGAAAUCACCUUCUCCCACCAGCAUCAGCCUCCUAACAUGACCCUCACCUGUGUAUUCUGGGAUGUGACUAAAGGGUCAACAGGAGACUGGUCUUCCAAGGGCUGCUCCACAGAGCGCGGAGUCAACAGAACUGUCUGCCACUGUGACCACCUGACUUUCUUCGCCCUGCUGCUGAGGCCGGUUUUGGACCAGGCCACCGUGAAGGCCCCCACACUCAUUUCCCAGGCUGGCUGUGGGACCUCCAUGAUCUUCCUGGCCUUCACCAUUGUCCUGUACGCCUUCCUGAGAUUCUCCCGGCAGAGAUUCAAGUCUGAAGAUGCCCCUAAGAUCCACGUGGCCCUGAGUGUCAGUUUGUUUCUCCUGAACCUGGCUUUUUUCAUCAAUGUGGGGAACGGCUUGAGGGGGUCCGAUGCCGCCUGCUGGGUCCGGGGAGCCGUCUUCCACUACUUCCUGCUCUGUGCCUUCACCUGGAUGGGCCUGGAAACCUUCCACCUUUACCUGCUUGUCAUCAAGGUCUUUAACACCUACUUUGGCCGCUACUUCCUGAAGCUGAGCUUCUUGGGCUGGGGCCUGCCUGCCCUAAUAGUCAUUGGCACCGGGAGCGCCAACAGCUAUGGCCCCUACACCAUCCGUGACAAGGAAAACAGAACCACACUGGAGCUCUGCUGGUUCCGUGAGGACACUGCCAUCUCUGCCCUCUACGUCACCGUCCACGGCUAUUUCUUCAUCAUCUUCCUCUUCAGUGCUGUGAUCCUGGCCCUGGUGGCCUGGAAGAUCUUCACCCUGUCAAGCGCCACAGCGGGCAAGGAGAGAGGGCAGACCUGGAAGGGGGUCCUCACCCUGCUGGGCCUCUCGAGCCUGACGGGUGUGACGUGGGGGCUGGCCAUCCUCACACCCCUGGGCUUGCCCACCACCUAUGUCUUUGCGCUGUUCACCUCUCUGCAAGGUAUCUUCAUCUUCUGCUGGUUUAUUGUUCUCUACUUCCCAAGCCGGAGCACCACGACCUCGACUUCUGGCACUGCCCGAGUUGACCAAGCCCACACCAUGUCUCAAGCCUAGGGGGCUGCCAGGUGGCCAGGUGGGGCUGGCCCUGUGCUCUGGACUCAGCUCUGACUUGCUGUGUGACCUCGGGGCUCCCUGCCUCCUUCUGGGCCUCAGUGUCCUCCUCUGUACAGUGUGACUGGGGAACGAAGGGAUGGGAACAAAGGGGGACCACGUGGCCUCAAAGGUCUUAUCCAGAUACACCUAUGGAUCUGAAAAUUCACAAAUCCAGGAUGGCAUGAGUCUAAAGUCCCCAUAACCCUGAGACCCCCGCCGGGACAGAGCAACACCCUCACCCCGCCCCCACACCCACAGCCUGCCUUCAGAGCAAAGCAGUCUAUCUCUGCGUCACCAUCUUCUGGUCUCAGAAAGAGCCUGAGCCCAAAUAAGGAAGUCUGUCAUUGGCCCAGCUUCUUGAAGUAGCCCCCAGCCGCUCCCCUUCUUCCUUCCCCUUCACUGCCCUACCUCUACUCCACCCUCUGGCUGCCUGUACCUGAGGGGGCAUUCAGGCAGCCGUCACCGCCUCAGGUACCGGGGCAGUUGUUGCCUAGAGGUUUGUUUGGGAGGCAGUUGGUCCUCCCAUCCAGCCUUUCCCUGGUCUUGGCCACUCCCAUCAGGGCCCAUCCUCAUGGAAGAGCCUCCACUGUCCUGGGGGCUGCCCUGGGGCACCAAAUUUCAAAGAAUGCCACUUACUCCAGUGGGUGGUAUACCUCAAGCAGGCCCUCUAGUCCCCACUGUGACUGCCCCCUGGGUGGCCUGCCCUCCGAGCUGCUGUCCCAGUUGGGGGAGGACAGACGGUUCGGGCUCCGUGUAUCUGAGGGUGAGGAGCCAGUGCAGGGGGGCUGAGCUGAGCAGAGAGAGGGUGGGUGUUUCUUCUGGAAUCUGAGAUCCUAUAGAACAGGGUUGCGGGGCACUUUGACAGCCUUCCUCACCGGUUCAGCCCAGCCCGAGGCCCUGAAUAAAUAUUUGUUGGCCAGCUAGA